AUGGCUCCCAUCAACUUUCAACUGCAUCCUGCAGUCACCUUCAACAACAAGGGUUUUCACAAUCCCGCGCGCUAUGAGCGCUAUCUCAAUCACUUUCGCCACCGCCCUCUUUAUCCAUCGUUUACUAUCCAUCCCUCUUCCUUCCAAAAGUAUGGUCUAGAUAUCUCUGGGCUUAUCCACAACCUUGGAUGGGAUUCUCUUUUUGAGAAUCGGUGGUUCAGUCAAUGUCCCGAGGCAGUGAGGAUGUUUUAUGCCAGUCUGAAGAGAGGUCCUGGCCCCAGUCCUUCCUCAUUCACCACAGUGGUGUAUCACCAUGAGAUACUGGUCACACCCUCACUGCUAGCUGAAAUUCUAGGGCUUCCCUGUCAAGGAUCCUCGGCUGCCACCAAUGAUGACCUUGCCGAGAUUCGUUUUGACUAUGGGUCUGCAUUGGAAUCUCUUACCUUCAACAUUGGUCGCCAUUUCUCUAAUAUGAUUUCAGCAGGCAGACUCGCAGAUCUAUUCAAAGUGAUGGACUUUUUCAUUACUCGCGUCCUGCUCCCUCGCAGCGUGUCGAGUUCUGAGUUAGCUCAUCCUUCAAAUGUCUGGAUCAUGGCUAAUGCACGUGAUCGGGUUCCUCUUGACUUCUCCUCACUCAUGUUUGCUCACAUGAUCAAAUUUGGGGAUGAGAAUUACUCUGGUCCACUUCCCUUUGGUCCUCAAAUAACUCGCUUCCUCUAUAAUCUUGGCAUUGAUCUUUCAGGCAAGAUCAUUGUUUGUGAUAUUCGGGAAGAUUUGCGUGCACAGCAUAUUCUUGCUCGUGUCGAUGCUUCUGUUGGCAGGAGGAAGCCUAUCAUUCGCUCAGGGGGAGAGCAUACUGCUGUUUCUGCUAAUCAGCUGGUUCAUGCACUACUAGAUGUUGCGUCAGUGGCAUUGGAUCAGCAAAUUCAAUCUUUCAAGAGCAAUGAGCUUUGUAGCCUAGAGCAUUGCAAGGCACAAAUUGAUCUAGCUAAGAUAGCUGAACCAAGUAGCUCACAGGAGGAAGAUGGUGUGUCUGAUUAUGAGUCUGCUCCUGAGUAUGAGUUUUAG